AUGAUUGAAUUUUUAGAACAAAGUGAUAAGUUCAUAUGUUAGAUUCACAGAGACUAAAUUCCUUUAUUCAUUCAAGUAGAUGAGGAUGGAUCUUGCUCUUUUCAAUGCCAAGUAUGCGUAGCCAAAAAUUCUUUUAAGUCAAGAAGGUUAGUUUCUAUAGGUUAAAUUUUUGAAAAAUCUAAAAAGGCAGUAAUACACAACUGGCCACCUUUGGAUGAUAGCUCUAUUUAUGAAAAAAUAGAAGAGCUUUUCAAUCAAUAAUAAGAAUUAAGUGAAAUUGAAGAAAUUAAUAAAUACUUCAAAUAGGUAAAGAAUAAAAUUAUUUCAAAGUUAGACGAAAUUGAGGGAAUCGUCAUUAAAAAAGUCAAUGAGUAUUCUCAUAUUAAUUUAGCUAAUGUAUAUAAUACCAUGAACUAAAAAGAAUAAAUAUAAUAGCAUAUGAUGAAUCUUGAUACAUUUUAGUAGCAAAUGAAAUAAAUAAUACAAAAAGCAUUUUAAGAUAAAAAUUCAAAUACACAAAAGUUGAUAAAUACGAUUGCUCAAUUUGAUGACAGAUAUAAGUUCGAUAAAAAUGUUUUAGAUAAAUUCUUAACUCUCUAACUAGAAAUUUUAGGAGAAAUAGAAUAAAUUAUAGCAUAAAAGUCAUCAUAAGAAGACAAUUAAAAAUUAUUGAAUGAAAUGGAAAAGAAAUAGGUUCUUAUGUUGGAAAAUUUAGGAUCAACCAUAUUAAAAGAUGAAAACGAAGUAGUAAAUAGGUUUUCAACAAAAACACUAAUUGCAAUUGAAGAUGAGAUAAAAAAAAAUCUAGAAACUUUUUCAAGAAGCUCAAAUAGUUUAUCUGAUAAUAAAUAACUUCCAGAUUUUGAUAAAUAUACUUCUUCUUAUUCUUCAUCUUCAUUAACAUUUAAGGCUUUAAACAAAAAUAACUCAAAAUCUAAUUUAUAACAGAGAAUUACAUAAAGCAUCUAACAAAAGGCAUUUAAACUUUCUAAAGCUAUUCAACAAAAUGGAUUUUCAUUCAAAAAUAUAGAUCCAAAGGAAUCAUAUUAUAUUGGCUUCAUUGAAACUUAUAUUGAUCCUAUCAAAAACGAACAAUUCACAGUCAAUAUAAAAAAUUUAUAGAAUUGGAUUGGUAUUGGUCUAGUAGAAAAGGAAAAAAUAAAUAAAGAUAUUCCUGUUUAGUAAAAUAGUGGUUCUUCAGAAGCAGAAACAAUAAAUGGUUAUUAUAUGCUUUCUCAUAAUGGAUAUUUUUGGCAACAAAAGUAGUAAAAGAGUUAAGAUAAGCAUGGUUAAUUUAUAUUUAAGUCUGGGGAUGUUGUUACAGUUACAAUUAAAGGAAAUCUAAUGGUAUUCGAAAAAUAAAACUACAGGCAUAAAUUCGAAAUAUAAAUUUCGUUAUCAGAAAACUCCUUGUUCUAUCCUGGAUUCAUUUUAUACUCUUAAGGAGAUGAAAUUGAAUUUGUCAAACAGGAAAAAAAUGUUUACUUUGAAUAGAUAAAUGACUGA